AUGGGUCGUAUGCACAAUCCUGGUAAGGGUAUGUCAAAAUCGGCUCUGCCGUACCGACGCUCUGUUCCCUCGUGGCUGAAGUUGACCAGCGCUGACGUCCAGGAUCAGAUUGUCAAGCUUGCUAAGAAGGGUCUACGUCCUUCCCAGAUCGGUGUCAUCCUCAGGGACUCCCACGGAGUCGCUCAGGUGCGCCGUGUUACUGGAAACAAGAUUUUCCGUAUCCUCAAGGCUAAGGGCAUGGCUCCCGAAAUCCCUGAAGAUCUCUACCAUCUGAUCAAGAAGGCUGUCUCAAUCCGCAAGCAUCUUGAGCACUCCCGCAAAGACAUUGACAGCAAGUAUAGGCUGAUUCUUGUCGAGUCCAGAAUUCACCGUCUGGCUCGUUAUUAUAAGACAAGCCGCCAACUCCCAGCAACCUGGAAGUACGAGUCUGCCACUGCUGCAUCGCUCAUCUCAUAA